UAUGGAAUGGUUUGCGAAUCAAGUCAAACAGUUCUAUGAACAAUCUCCACCACCUCCUAUUAUCUCUUUACCACCUGUAACUCAUCAAGACUUGAAUCCAAUCAUUCCAAUCAAGUGUGAAGGUUGUGUUUUGCCCUGUACUUCUCAUGAUCGCAUUCCAUCUCAUCUCAACAUUGACCAAACUCGUCCUUUACAUAAUACAGUUACUCCCUAUGCUCUUCAUUUAGUUGUCUUCACUGGUCAUUCCGACUGGCCGGGUCAUAUUGAAGAUGACGGUAUCACAGGUGCAUUGAUCGAAUGUCUUGAUAAACGACGAAAACGUCAACGUCAACAAAAAGUAUUACCUUGUACUCAACGACCACCUCAAAGUGUUUUUCGUAUGUAUGGAACAACUCAACAACAACAACAACAACAACAACAACAACAAAGAGUUCUUGUUACCAAUACUUCUUUACCAUCAGCCUAUUCCUCAAAAGGAUUGGAUAUUCUUGUAUUACCAGACAAUAUGAUCAUUGCCAAUGUGACGAAAAACAGAUUGCCAUCUUUUGUGGAUUUUAUUUUUGGUCAUCCUACAUCAGAUUUCGAUAUUCAUCCUUCUCCUUGGCAAAACCUCAUCUUGGUGUGUGGACAUCGACGGAAAGAUCGUAGAUGUGGUACUAUUGGUCCCAUGUUAGAACAAGCUUUUCAUCAAGCUAUUGAAAAUGAUAUAUUAAAAGACAAAUGCAAGGUGAUGUUGGUUAGUCAUUUAGGUGGUCAUGUUUUUGCUGGCAAUGUAGUUUUAUAUACACAUGGAGGUUUACGAUCUAUAUGGUAUGGUCGGAUUACUCCUUGUCAUUGUCUUGAUAUCAUACGUUAUUCCAUUCAUCAAGAUCAUGUCUUACAAGAAUUUGUCCGUGGUAUUCUUCAAGCCGGUGCUGAUAUGGAACAAGAACCUUCCAUGAAUUUAUCUUUAGAAUGGUAGUGUUUUCUUUUUUCUUUUUUUCUUCUUAUUAUCAUUUGUACAUACAUCUUUUUACCCUUUGUUCCUGAAUCUUCUCUUCAUAUAAUUCAAAUAAAAGCGCAGGCCAGCUCUCUCUUUUUUUAAUAUCA